UUAAUAUCCGAAGUAUCCUCGGAUUACCGAAAAAUUGGGUUGAGGUUAAUUUUAGAGAAGAGCGUGGAAAAAUAUUCUGGUUGCAAAAAACCAGAGGCCAAAUAUGACUUUUAUAAAAUAGAAGCGAUGCAAAAUUACAAGGAGAUACAAAGAAAACUUCACCGAGAAAUUUUAUUUGUUCGCCGGGAAGUGCAUGAUGCGCUUGCGAAAGUAAUUACACUGUGCAAUGAAGCUUCAAGCAUGACUUUAAUUUCACACCGUCUUGACAAAUGCUUAACGCCUGAACAAUUCAAUUCUCUCCAACUUCAGACAGCUGCAAAAACAAUAAAAUACUUAAAGGGCCAGUGGCUGGAAAAAAUAAUAAAUACUGUGAAAAUUUGCUUCCGCGAAGUUGGAAAAGGUGCUUUUAAUAUCCGUCAAACAGAUCCGUGGGUUUACGACGUCGUAAAGCUCAAACGCUUGGUCAACCUCAUCAUUCAGUAUAUGCAG